AUGCUGAGCGUCGGAGACGUCGACUUGCUCAGCGAGGCGUCGUGCGCGGUCAUGCCGGGCCAAGUCGUUGGGCUCGUCGGUGGGAACGGAUGCGGGAAAUCCACGCUGUUGAAGUGCAUCGCGGGGAAGCGGAGCGUGCAGGAUGGGGAGAUUGCGAUCUCGAAAGAGCUCGAGGUGGGUUAUUUCGAACAGACGGCGGUUUCUGGGAGCCAAAAGACGGUGUAUCAAGAGGCGCGCGCGAGGAUGGAUCGAGUAAACGCCGCGGAGAAGGCACUGCGAGCGGCGGAAGCGGCGUGCGAGACAGAGGACGACAAGGACGCGUGCAUGGCGGCGGAUGUGCUCAUGGAUUGCUUGGCUGAGUUUGACGCCGCGGGCGGGUACGAGGCGGAGAAGCGCAUCGCCGGCGUGUUGGACGGUUUGGGAUUCGCUCGCUCGCAGUGGGAUGUGAAGUGCGAUGACUUAAGCGGUGGUUGGCAGAUGCGCGUCGCGCUCGCGCGUUUGCUGUUGUCCCCCGCGGGUUCGGGCGAGAAAGGUUUGUUGCUUCUUGAUGAACCGACGAAUCACCUCGACGAAGCCGCGAAGACAUGGCUGGCCACGUGGAUCAAGGAUUCGCCGUGCACGACGCUCAUCGUCAGCCACGAAGCUGAACUUCUCGACGGUGCGUGCUCGCACAUGGCCGAGGUCCGCGGUAAGGGCCUUCACUGGUACACGGGCAACUUCACCAAGUUCCUGGAGGAUCGCGAAGAGCGAAUCUCAAUCGCCAAGGCGACUUACGAAAAGCAACUCGCGGAGGAAGCGGAAUUAAAAGAUUUCAUUCGCCGUUUCUCCGCGAACGCGAGUAAAUCCACACAAGCGCAAUCGCGUCAAAAGCUUUUGGAUAAGCUUCAAAAGGAAAUGCGCAAAACUGUCAGCGCGGCGACGGCGACCAUUUCGGACGGCGCCGCGGGCGACGCGUCAAAGAUGAACUUACGCUUGACCAAGCCGCCGCCUUCAAACCAAGUACAGCUGAAACUCACGGAUGGCGUUCUCGGUUACAGCGCUGACGCACCCAUCUUGCGUGGAUCCCUCGCGCUCGAGCGUGAGAUGCGAGUCGUCGUCUUGGGCCCUAACGGCGCCGGAAAGUCGACAUUGUUGAAGAGCAUUUCUGGCACCAUGCCGCUCAUCUCGGGCGAACGCGAAAUCACCGACGAUCGCGUCAAGCUCGGUGUCUUUUCGCAAGAUCUCGCGCAAUACUUGCCGAAGGAAAAGUCUUGCCUCGAAUACGUUCUCGAUGUCGCGCGCGAAGACGACCCCGCAACGAUUGAGCAAGUCGGCAGGCAAGCUUUGGGAGCGCUCGGCAUCACCGGCACGAUGGCUUUGCGAAAAAUCGGCAGCCUUUCUGGUGGCGAGAAAGCUCGCGUCGCUCUCGCCGCGUUCGUUUUGCAACCGCGUAACUGCUUGCUCCUCGACGAACCUUCCAAUCACUUGGACGUCGGCGCCGUUCAAGCGUUGACCGACGGUCUUCGCGGAUGGGACGGGUGCUUAUUCGCUGUGUCUCACAACAAGGCGUUCUGCGAAAGCCUGAACCCGACGCACGUGAUUCGCGUGAAGAAUGGGCAAUUCCACAUGGAGAACUGCUACGGCCUGACCGAUGCAGACUUCGAACACGAAGAACAGACCGGCGACGCGACCGCCAUGGCAAAGUCUGCCGUGACGACGACAGAAGAGGCGGUCGCAGUUGAAGAAAAAGAACUCGCCCCGGCGCGUUAA